GUAUGUUGUAGUUGAUGUACGCCACAUACAACAACAACCUUAUCACCGAAACGACGUGAUCGAAGAGCUACUUUACGAGCAUGGAGACAAGCGAGACCGUGGAGAAGAUGCAGGUGCUGACACCGCAGCAACUAUCGGCGCUCAAUGAGGCGAAGGUAAUGAUUCGCAUGGACAACGAGCAAUAUCUGCGAGAUCACCCGGACGUAUCCAAGCUCAUGCGCGCUCUGGUACGCGGGAUUUUACGGAAUCGGCCUGACAACCCCAGCACGUACGCAUACCAGUUCUUCUCUAGAGACCGAGCAGCCAUUCGCAAAGAUCUGGAUGCUAAGGAAUAACGAAUGAACAAACGCAUACUCCAAACGAUGUAUGGAAAUGUAAAAAGUUCGUAUACACGU